UCGUCUACUCUGCGAUCAACGCAUCGGCCUGGAUGAUACGCGGAAGCGGACGUUCGCGGAACAACACGGAGCUAAUAACAAAGCUAACAGCGAUAAGAAGUCGUGCGCUCACAAAAAUACCGGAAUAAUAAUAAUAGUUCCUCCGAAGACAACCCGUCAUUGCCGUGAACCGCCUCGCUUUGACCGGUUGGUGCUCAUGCCGGAGGCCGUGCUGCUGUCAUGUUGACCGGGUCAGGCUCUUCCUUCCUCCGGGCUGAUGCUGUUGUCGGUGGGACUCGCUAGUUUCGCCUGAGCUCCUUCAGGCUGCAGCCUCACGAGCUGGAUGCGGUUGGACUCUCAGCUCAGGAAUGACAAUGCACAGUACUGGAGCAUCCCAGGACCCUUCACAGGGUACAGGCGAACGAGGGGAGCUGGUUCACACACUAUCCAAAGAGACCCCCGGGUCUCCAGACGCCUCUGAGUUGGGGAGCCCUCGGUGUACACCACACUUUGACCUCCACAACAUGGUGGUUUCCUAUAAGAGAAUCGCUCUGUUUUUAGAACCACUUGCAGAAGCAAUGGAGCUGAGCCGCUUCCUGCUCGGAUGGAAGAUGCCGCUGUGCUCACUGCUGGUGUGUUUAUUUCUUAAUGUCUUCUUCUGCACUGUUAAUGAAGUGGGCUGGUUCUCAGUGGGUGUGGCGCUGGUGUUGGCGCCUGCUGCCCUGGGUUAUCGGCAGGACAGGUGUGGGGGCAGAGCCUCUGAAGCUGAGCUCCAGAGGAGGCACUAUCACACUGUGCACCGCAGAGACCUGCAGACAGUGCAUCUCACCAAACAGGAGGCCAUGCUGGAAGUAAAAGACCUGUUGAAGCAUCUAGAUGACAUGUUGUCCUCUGCGUGUCAGUCAGCAGAAGCUAUUGACAAGGUCCUGCACUGGGAUAAUCACACCAAGUCAUCAAGGUUCUAUGGAGGGAUGAUAAUAGUGGUUUGUCUGCUCUACCUUGUUCCUGUGGGCUGGGUGCUGGCUGGGCUCAACAGCGCCAUCUUCCUGUGCAACAGAGACUUCUUCAGAGUUUUGUUGGACCUCAGAAAGUUCUUCCACAUGGGCCAGACUAAGGCCUCAGAGGGUUUGUGUGAGGAACAGGAACAAAGAAGUCUACUGGACAGGACCCCCACACCAACGAGUCUGGAGGAUCUGUCUCCUGGCAGUGUAGAGGAGGCUGAGGAAGCAGAACCUGAUGAUGAAUUUAAAGAUGCCAUUGAGGAGGAUGACGAAGGGCCUCUCGGGGCCCCAGAGUUCGACACCAUCUCUGAAAAUGGCCUCUUGAGCCGCAACGAACCAAUACGCAGCAAAGUGUCCAAACUGACAGAGAAGUUGCGUAAACGCUACCCCACCACCAGCACAGGCAACUGUUCGAGUUGCAACGCCGUCUUCUCAGUGCUGAAGAAAAGGAGGAACUGCAGUAACUGUGGCAACAGCUUCUGUUCCCGAUGCUGCUCUUUUAAAGUGCUGAGAGCUUGCAUGGGGGCAACGGCUCCAGAGGCACAGAGAGAGACAGUGUUUGUCUGUGCUCCUUGUAAUUCCUCUCUCAUCAAGUUACAGUGACAUGGCGUCAGUCUAUCUCCCGGUGGCCAGUGGAAGGUCCUUCAGAAAGUUACUGUAGCCCUCACACACACACACACACACACACACACACACACACACACACACACACACACACACACACGCACAGGCACACGCACAGGCACACCUUGGUUCAUGUUAAGGCACUUAAUGUCAGUCAAGAUUUCUCCUAUGUUGGUCCUGCCCUUUCCAGUCAAAUCUCUCCUCAGCUACUUAUCAUUAUGGGACUUCUACUGUAACAUGUAACAUAUUUAGUU